GGAGGGGGAGGAGGGAGCGCGGCGGCGGCGUUGCGGGCGCAUCAGCCGGUGCUGGACUAUGGUGCGGCUCGGCGGUGGCUGACACGCCGGCACCCCGUCCGUCCGUCCUCCCUCCCUGUGGGCUGACAGGCGGCCAGCCCUGAGCCGCACGUGUGGGAUGUGAGACCUGCCCUCGCCGGGGGAGCAUGAGCUGUGCCCAGGCCGGCAUUGUCCAGGAAUUGAUGCGCUUACAAUUGGCGGGUCAUUAUGCUGCUCCACCUGUGUAGUGUUAAGAAUCUGUACCAAAACAGGUUCCUGGGCCUGGCAGCCAUGGCGUCUCCAUCUAGGAACUCACAAAAUCGGCGCCGGUGCAAAGAGCCUCUCAGAUACAGCUAUAACCCUGACCAGUUCCAUAACAUGGACAUCAGGAACAAUUCCCAUGAGACGGUCACCAUUCCUAGGUCUACCAGUGACACGGACCUUGUCACUUCAGACAGCCGGUCUACCCUGAUGGUCAGCAGCUCCUACUACUCCAUCGGGCAUUCACAGGACCUAGUGAUAUACUGGGAUAUAAAGGAGGAAGUGGAUGCAGGGGACUGGAUUGGCAUGUAUCUCAUAGAUGAGGUCUUGUCCGAAAACUUUUUGGACUACAAGAACCGUGGCGUCAAUGGCUCUCACCGUGGUCAGAUUAUCUGGAAGAUUGAUGCUAGCUCUUACUUUGUGGAGCCUGAAACAAAGAUCUGCUUCAAAUACUACCAUGGCGUGAGUGGGGCACUACGAGCCACAACUCCGAGUGUCACAGUGAAAAACAAUGCAGCUCCCAUUUUUAAAAGCAUCACCAAUGAAGAUUCAAUCCAGGGACAAGGAAGUCGGAGGCUGAUAAGUUUUUCAUUGUCAGAUUUCCAGGCUUUUGGUCUGAAGAAAGGAAUGUUCUUCAAUCCAGAUCCUUAUCUGAAGAUUUCCAUCCAGCCUGGAAAACAUAGCAUCUUCCCAGCGCUUCCUCAUCAUGGACAGGAGAAGAGAUCUAAGAUCAUGUGUAAUACUGUUAACCCAAUCUGGCAAGGAGAGCAAUUCAGCUUUGUUUCCCUGCCCACGGAUGUCCUGGAAAUAGAAGUUAAAGACAAAUUUGCAAAGAGCCGACCAAUCAUCAAGCGUUUCCUGGGAAAACUCUCUAUGCCAGUUCAACGCCUCUUGGAAAGACAUGCCAUAGGGGACAGGGUUGUAAGCUACACUCUGGGUCGCAGGCUUCCUACAGAUCAUGUCAGUGGCCAGCUGCAGUUCCGAUUUGAGAUAACUUCUUCCAUCCAUCCAGAUGAUGAAGAGGUCUCCAUUAGUGCAGAUCCUGACCCAGCUGACCUCCAGGAAAGCCCUGUGAACAACCCCACAGAGGAAAGCCUCGGUGAGCCUCCAUGCAUCAACACAGUGACCUCAGAAAGUACAGCUCCAGAACAGCUAAAUGGAUACAGUGUGAACAGUGUCGAUAGCCCAGGGGCUGUCAAACCACCUGGGAAAGUCAACCAGAACAGCUUAAAUGAAGAGCUAGCAGGAGAUGGGGAGGUUGAUGCGGUGCCAGAUCCUGAGCCCUUGGAAUCCAUCCCAGGAGAAGUGCUGCCUUCUUUGAGUGCUACGGACCUCACGGAGCAGCUGGCUCUGCUGGCUUGCAUGUCUCCUCCUGAGACUGAAGUUAGGGAAAAUAACAAAGUCAAUUCUGGUACUCAGGGAGAUGGUGGAGUCUUGACCAGCAUAGAAACGUUAGAUAUUGAUGAGGUGAGUGCAGAUGUGCAUGCUGGCAAGGACCUAGAGAAGAGUCAGGAAGAAGAAGGGGCUUCAGCCCAGGAGGAGGAAGACAACAAGCUACAACUGAGGACCACAGCAAAGAGGAAAAACAGGCCGUGCUCCCUGCCCGUGUCUGAACUUGAGACAGUCAUAGCUUCAGCUUGCGGUGAGCCAGAGACCCCUCGCACACAUUACAUACGGAUCCACAACCUGCUCCACAGCCUGCCCUCGGCACAGAUGAGCAGCGAUGGGGAAGAAGAGCAAGAUGGUGGCAAUGGUGGGGAGAACGAUGAGGAGUCUACAGUCAAGGAGGCGUUGGAGAAGGAGGUAGUCAGUGAGAGUGAGACAGUGGCAGCAGAGCCUCCUCUGGAAAAUGAGGCUGAAGAGAACUUCAGCCAGAGUACGGUGCCUCCUGGUACCUUGGAUGAACAGCUCUCUGACUUGAAUGAUGGGCCGUUGGAUGGGGAACACCCCAGGACAGGAAGCGAGAGCGAGUCGAGCUCCAGGCCCAAUGGUGACAACGAAUGCGAGGCGUGCGACACUUCUUGCUAUAGCCCCUCCUGCUACAGCACUUCUUGCUACAGUACCUCCUGCUACAGCACUUCUUGCUACAGCACCUCCUGUUAUGACAGUAACAAUCGCUUCUCCAGCCAUACCCGCUUCUCCUCCGUCGACAGUGCAAAGAUUUCUGAGAGCACAGUCUUUUCCUCACAGGAUGAUGAUGAUGAGGAGAACAGUGCUUUUGAGUCAGUGCCAGAUUCAGUACAGAGCCCUGAGCUGGACAGGGAGCAAGUGGAUGGCUCCUCCCAGUGGCCAGAUGAACUAGUAGCUCAUGGUGGGAAUCCACAAAGAGCCACAGAGAGUCUAGACACCCCAAUAGCAGGUCCAAGCAGCAGAAGAGAAGGUGAUUGUCCUUUACUCCAUAAUUCUCAGCCAGUCAGCCAGCUUCCUUCUCUGAGGCCUGACCAUCAUCACUACCCAACUAUCGAUGAGCCUCUUCCACCAAAUUGGGAAGCUCGGAUAGACAGCCACGGGAGGGUAUUCUACGUUGAUCAUGUCAACCGAACCACCACAUGGCAGCGCCCCACAGCUGCAGCAACACCAGAUGGGAUCCACAGGUCUGGCUCCAUCCAGCAAAUGGAGCAGCUGAACCGUCGAUACCAAAAUAUCCAGCGAACUAUUGCAACAGAGCGGACUGAAGACGAUGCUGUCGUAAACAACAGGGUGGAGAGAGUUCCCACUGGAGGAGGAAGUGACUCUGAGGCAGAGCCUUCCCAGCCAAGCUCAGAGAUUAGGAGGGAAGGCUCCCUUUCUCCUGUGAAUUCUCAAAAAAUCACCUUGUUGCUGCAGUCUCCAGCUGUGAAGUUCAUCACCAAUCCUGAGUUCUUCACUGUGCUGCAUGCAAACUAUAGUGCCUAUCGAGUCUUCACUAACAGUACCUGCUUGAAGCAUAUGAUUCUGAAGAUCCGUAGAGAUGCUCGUAAUUUUGAGCGCUAUCAGCACAACAGAGACCUGGUAAACUUUAUCAACAUGUUUGCUGAUACCCGACUGGAGCUUCCUCGUGGCUGGGAGAUAAAAACUGACCAGCAGGGCAAGUCUUUCUUCGUUGACCACAACAGCCGUGCUACCACUUUCAUAGAUCCCAGGAUCCCACUGCAGAAUGGUCGUCUCCCUAAUCACCUGACUCACAGGCAACAUCUUCAGCGACUUCGUAGCUACAGCGCUGGAGAGGCCUCUGAAGUCUCUCGAAACAGAGGAGUUACUCUGUUGGCCAGACCAGGCAAUAGUCUCGUAACAGCUAUUCGAAACCAGCACCAUCACGAGACAUUACCUCUGGCUUACAAUGACAAGAUUGUUGCAUUUCUACGCCAACCCAACAUUUUUGAGAUGCUGCAGGAGCGUCAGCCCAGCUUGGCCAGAAACCAUGCACUCAGGGAGAAGAUCCAUUACAUUCGGACAGAGGGUACACAUGGGCUUGAAAAGUUGUCCUGUGAUGCAGAUUUAGUAAUUCUGCUGAGCCUUUUUGAAGAGGAUAUUAUGUCCUACAUACCACUGCAGGCUGCCUUCCAUCCUGGUUACAGUUUCUCUCCUCGCUGCUCACCCUGUUCAUCACCCCAAAAUUCUCCAGGACUGCAGCGAGCAAGUGCAAGAGCACCUUCUCCAUACAGGAGGGACUUUGAAGCCAAGCUGCGCAAUUUCUAUCGAAAACUUGAAGCCAAAGGGUAUGGGCAAGGUCCAGGUAAAAUUAAGUUAAUUAUACGACGUGACCACUUGCUGGAAGGCACCUUCAACCAGGUAAUGGCAUAUUCACGGAAGGAGCUCCAGCGGAACAAACUCUACGUCACGUUUGUUGGCGAGGAAGGGCUGGACUACAGUGGCCCCUCCCGAGAAUUCUUCUUCCUUCUGUCUCAGGAGCUAUUCAAUCCCUAUUACGGGCUGUUUGAGUAUUCAGCCAAUGACACUUACACUGUACAGAUCAGCCCCAUGUCUGCCUUUGUUGAAAAUCACCUGGAAUGGUUCAGGUUCAGCGGUCGUAUUCUGGGCCUUGCUCUCAUUCAUCAGUACCUUCUUGAUGCUUUCUUCACAAGGCCCUUCUACAAAGCACUACUAAGGCUGCCAUGUGAUUUAAGUGACUUAGAGUACCUGGAUGAAGAGUUCCAUCAGAGCUUGCAGUGGAUGAAGGAUAAUAACAUCACAGAUAUCCUGGAUCUCACCUUCACAGUGAAUGAGGAGGUGUUUGGACAGGUGACAGAGAGAGAGUUGAAAUCUGGAGGGGCAAAUACAGCAGUGACAGAAAAGAACAAAAAAGAGUACAUCGAGAGAAUGGUUAAGUGGCGAGUGGAAAGAGGAGUGGUUCAGCAAACAGAAGCCCUGGUCCGUGGCUUCUACGAAGUUGUAGACUCCAGGCUUGUCUCUGUUUUUGAUGCCAGAGAACUGGAGCUGGUUAUAGCCGGCACGGCAGAAAUAGAUCUCAAUGACUGGCGUAACAACACAGAAUAUCGUGGAGGUUACCAUGAUGGACACAUAGUAAUACGGUGGUUCUGGGCAGCAGUAGAGAGAUUUAACAAUGAGCAGAGACUCCGGUUGUUGCAAUUCGUCACUGGAACAUCAAGUGUGCCAUAUGAGGGCUUUGCAGCUCUCCGAGGGAGCAAUGGGCUACGGCGCUUCUGUAUAGAGAAAUGGGGGAAAAUAACCUCCCUCCCAAGGGCACACACAUGUUUCAACCGUUUGGAUCUUCCACCUUACCCCUCAUAUUCUAUGCUGUAUGAAAAGCUGCUGACAGCUGUUGAAGAAACUAGCACCUUUGGACUUGAAUGAGGGGGUUCAGGCACUUCUGGUGUUUUUCUGGCUGAUGAUGUCACCUUUCCUGUCCACCAUCAUUUGAUCUUGGUUUCCCAUGUUUUUAUUUUUGAAAACAAAACAAACAAAAAAAAAAUCAAGGUUAACAAAAGCUGUGCAUGAAGAACUGCCGCCCUCUAAGAUCUAACCUUCAUGCUUUCAUCCUCUGUUUCCAAUGGACUGCUAGUCUGUAUGCAAUAGAAAAACAACUGUCUCAAGGUUUCUGUAUAUCUCUACAUACCUCCAUUAAUAACAAUGAAAAUACAAAUGCAACUUACACUACACUUGACCAAAUGUUAAUAAAUGUUUACUUCCACCUACGUUGAUUAAAAAAUAAAAAAACCUCAUCAGGCAUUCCAAGCUUUUAUAUACCCACAUUCUAAAUCAGUUCACAGCCCAUCUUACUUCUUAACCAUUGAAUCCAGUACUAGGAGCUGGUCAAAUACAUCUUCAUCUGUCCUUGUUUUCCCUCUAUGUAUUGUCCAUCUGAGAGACACCUAUGAGCAAAACUGAAAUUUUUAUAUAUGAACUCAUGAUCCACAUCAGUUGCAUCAGCUGGAACUGGCCCAGAUACAUGGUGCAGAUAAGACCUUCAAAAACUAAAAAAAACAACCUGUCACACAAUGCAAAGCAUAACAGCGAUUGUUAUGAUUGUUACUUGCCAGUACUGGAGAGAACUUGCACUUCAGAGAUAUUGGAAGGGGCAUCUCCAUUGUAAUGUUUACCACAUAAGAAGCACAAGGUUGUGCACAGUCAAGAAGGAUGUUUUAUUAUGUAGCAUAAAGGACAAGGCUCCCUUACCUUAGUAUUGCAUAUGACAAGAAAAAGAGGAAAUAAGAAGAAUGUUCUGCUCUUAUGAAUACCCUUGGGUUCUGUUUACCAGGUCUUUGUUUUCUGAUGUUUAAAAUGCUCCUUUCCAAAUGAGAAGUAUAGACAAUCCCAUCCCCUGUGUCAGAAGCCAAUUUAUUUUCUGACAGGCUGGGCUAAUCUAUGGUUGCUGGGGGCGGUGUUUGGUUCUGUCAUUUUUCUUUUCUUGUUCAGUGGAAAUCUCCAUAACCUGAAGAGCGGUUGUAGGCAGAAGGUUUUAGUCUAGGGUCUAUUAAAUGAGAAGCUGCAGUGAAUGAGGGUGCUUGUCAGGGAUGAAGGGGACUGUAACUCUCUUUGGGCUAAGACUUUGUUGCACUUCCACUUGGAGUAGGCCCAAAGGCCCUCCAGUCAUGUUGGGUACCACUCAACUGAAGAUCUAGCUCUUGUUAAUGCAGACAUAAUCCCUCUUUGGUUUGGUGUACUUUGUAUUCCAACUCUGAAGCCAGGGAACAAAAGGAAAAUGGCGGUAGGCUUGUCUCCGGAUGGUUUUUGCUGAGGCUGUUACGAUCAACCUCACUGCUCUGAUUGUGUUCUGUUUAUUAAUCUUUGCUGCCCUUGUUUUCUAAGACUAAUCUCAGAUUGAAAGUGUUUGUCUUAACUGGGAAAAGGAAAUACAAGGUAUCUUCUGACACUAAAUAUGUUAAAGGAUGUGUGAAAUAUGAAGUGAGAGACUUGUGAAGGGUGAGUGAAGGUAAGUGAGAAGGUAACAUCAUAGUGUCUAGCAGCUCACAUGAAACACCACACCCCCUUGGGGGCUUGUUACUGGUAGCUUUGUGUUAGCUAUGCUUCAGAAAACUGUAAAAUCAGGAGACCAGUUCAGUGUCUGACACAUCUAAUUCCCGUAAGUUUUCUCUCCAGAGAAAAGAAUUGGACCCUGCUUUCCCACAUAUUUUUAUGGUGGCUAUAGAGAAACUUAUCGCACUUGAAAAACUGCAUUCUGAGAGUUUUAGAUCAUUCUCCUGCUUUAAUUCUUAGGUCAAUAGGUAUUUGAAAGGUGAUGGACCCAAAAAUAUGUUUCUAAGCAGAAACAGUAGCUUUUGUUAAUGAUAUAUAAAAUAUUUGGGAUAUUUAAAUUGCCCCAUUCAUUCAAUUUCUUUGACAUUUCAGCCCUUUUAUACUAAUUUACUGUAUGGCUUUUACUGAGAAUCUAUUAUAUAGUACAUUAUUAUUCUUAUUGAGUACUCAUAUUAUGGUUGCGUAUGGAGGCUGCAGCUAUAGGCCAGCUUCAUUGUACCAGACACCGAAAAUGACGCUUAUUUCCACAAAUGUGCUCUCAGUCAUUGAUUCCACAUGACCAGCCCCACUGCACAGUACAGAUGGAAAUCUUAACUUUUUUCUGAGAGCGUCUGUCACGUGCACAUGAAUUACAUCAGAGCAAGUCACACCAGGAGAGACUGAACAACAAAAUCUUCCAAUGUAUGUAAUUUCUGCCUCUUCACCACUGGGCCCCAGAAUCCAGUGAUUCCUGUAUGGUUCUUGUUCUAUUCCUGUGAUGUUAUAAAGUUACCUGCACUAUGUCAAAUGUUGGAUGUCUUCCAACAAUAGAAGAAAAGAAAGAGAAGUAUUCAACUAGUUGGUCCAUAUUUGGCCAAGGAAAAUAGUGCAUCAAGAGCUGUCUCAUUAACAUAGUAAAAAAAAAAAAUAAAAUAAUCCAAUCUUUACAAUACUGUAUAGUUAAAUUUUUUUAAGUAUUUAAAAACUAUAUUUUAUUAAGAAGAAGUGAAACUAUUUUUUGUAGCAUAAUAAAAGAUGUUUGUAUUUCAGAGACAGCAUCAAACCCCACUGAUUGAAACAAAGAAGGCUUUCUCCUGAAAUUCUUCUUCACGACAUGUUCUGGCACUUGCCACACACUAAGCUAGAUUAGGUGUCACGCAUCUCCAUGUUUGGCAGAUGCCAUCUCAAGCACCUUGUGUUUUCCUGCUCUGGGAAACAUACAGCAUGGCCAGCUACUUCCCAUCAAAAUCCUUGGUCCAAGCUGUCUUUCAAGCGCACAGCCUAGUAUUUUUAAAGGUUGCUUUCUUAGGUGACUGUGAUGACAUCAAAGUAACAAGGUCAUGCAGAUUUCCUUGCAAGUUUUUUUGGAUCUAAAGCCGGGAAUAGAGGAAGACAGUUGACUGUUUUCAUAAAACAAAGAGAAAGAAAAUGCCAUACUCUACUUUUCUUGCAUUCUACCAUUCCAGUCCUAUCCCUCUCUCUUCCCAAAUGCCCUACCCCAGUAGGUUCCCAAACACUGACAUCAUGUCUAGGAUAUCCAGAUUGACGCUUCACAGUGCAUUUCUCUACUCAUUGUAUCAUACCAUGGGCUGAAUCCGGUCCCAGUCUGGAGUGAAGGGGAAGCCAUGCAUCUAAGUGGCACCAUAAGGUUAUAGUAAGUGAGGCAGUGAAUGGCGCUAACAGGAGAGAGGGAGGAACCCAUCUCCCUUGCCCUGUUAUUUAACCUGCCCAUUAUGCAAUUAAUUGUCUUUGCUGUUGUUACGUAUGUGCAAGGCAUAUACCCUUCCUUGUUCACCUUUCGAUUCAAAUGCUGUUACUCACUCAUAUAAUCAUCUGUGCUCUCCCAAGAGCUGUGUUUUCUUUUGUAAAACACUGACUCUUAAUUAUAGAAUUUCUGGUUUCAUUGUUUUCCCAUAGUAAAGACUAGAAGAUAUUCCAUAGGGUAGAUUUACAGUGAAAUAGUGUGUUCAGGUCUUUCACCUCAGUUCCCUUUAAACAUGGUGGUGGCUAGAUUACAAUAUGACAUCAACACCCAUACAUUUUAAAAUGCAAGUGAAAAAUGGAAUAGGCAAUCUGACAGCUUUUGUGAAUUGCAGUUUUCAACAGGAGCAACGAAUAUUGGUAAUGUGUACGUUUGAUUUCAGAGAGACCAUAUCUUUCUCAAAGGGGUUGUGAUGGUAUUAAUGGUAGAGGGAGGGAGAGGGAUAUUUCUGUUUAUGAAAUCCUGUUGCCGUACUAGCAUGAAGCUGAAGAUAUGAGAAUGAAAAUAGGUGUUUUAAAUCAUCAGUAUGUCUUCCACCUCGAGGCAGUCCCACCUACUGUUCAACCACCUAAGCUAUGCAGGAUUUGAUCCAGUACAAACAACUGUACCUUACUGUUAAUUGCAUCAGGUCUAAACCUUACAAAUGCUGUCACUUCAGUCUGCAGUACGUUACAUGAGCAUUCAGUUUCAAUCAUGUGGCUGUGCAUAUUCAGAACUUGACUUUUAAGUUCUAGGGAGAUCUGUGGCUAUCACAAGGCAAGAAGCGAGUGGUCCAAACUACAUCUAACCUCUAAUGGAGAAAUCAUGAGUUUUGUACAGAUCUGACAUACAAGACUUUUUUCACCCAGUUUGCUCAAGUGCCCGUGAACUUUUGAAUGAACUGUAGCUAAGGUUUUGAGUUUGUAGUCUAGUCUGAGAGACAGCCUGUGGGGAGGGGGGGUGUUUGUUGGAUUUGUGUUUUGUUGUUCUAGUUUCACUGUAACAAAUAGUUGACAUACCUCUAGUUGAAAACAGUAGGAUACUGAAUUUGGACAUGAAAAUUAAAUAAGAAAUAAGCCAAAAUAUACAUGCACAGAGGACGAGUUAAACUCAUCCUUUGCUAUUAAUCCUGUGACAGUCUAUGGAAUUCCAGAAGGACAAAUUUGACUGGAGAUUUGUUUAAUUUCUGUUGGAAUAAUAAUAAUAAUUUGCCCUGCCUCCGUAGUAAUAUUAAUAGGGCUUCCCAGUCAAGAUUGAACACUUUCAGUCAAAUGCAGACCUACAGAUCUUUCUAUUACAAAUGCGGUGCUUUUUUAUUAUUAUUCUUGCUGUACCUCAGUGUUCAUUAUUAAAAGAAAAAAAUGACUGCAAUAUACUAAAUCUGGGAUAGGUUUUCCAGUUAUCACAAGGUCCAAAAGGUUGGAUUGUUACUUUCUCUCUAGUGAGUCAUGUAGUUCCUUUGUUCUCGUAGAAAAACAGAUGCCUGUAGAUAGUAGAUACUAGGUAUAGUAAAUAUUGUACCAUUAGCCAAAUUCCCUGCAGCUUCCAAUUUAUCUAACAGAAAUGUCUGUUAUGGUUUUUGUUAAAGACUACAUAAAGUCAAUGGCAGGAAAGGUCCUCAUUAUUGGACUGAUUUUGCUUAUAUUGACAGAAAAAUGUCACAUGAUACUCAGGCUGUGCUUUCUAUUCAACCACAUCACUAUAGAGGAAUGUCAAUAAAAUCACUUUGUUAUGGCA